UCGGCCCUAAUUUUUUCUUUAUUUAUUGGCUUGUCAUUUAAAUUUUUCUUAUCACUUUUUAUUAUCAAUUAUCAGAUCAUGGCGGUAUCCACCACCCUUCAAUACAAUAAUGCCUCCAAUUUACCGUGGGUUGUCCAAAAAUUUGGUGGUACCAGUGUCGGCAAAUUCCUGGAUAACAUUGCCAAUCACGUCGUCAAGGAGUAUGUGAAGCAAAACCGUCUUGUUGUCGUGUGUUCUGCGAGAAGUGGUGAAAGCAAACAGACCGGCACCACCAAUCGCCUUAUUCGAGCAGCCAAUGAUGCAUUGAAGCCUGGGUCCAAGGAAUACCUCACCAUUCUCGACGAUUUAUUGCAGGACCACUUGAAAGCAGCAGCCGAUAUGGUGCAAGAUCCUGUUAUUCGCAGCAAUCUUGAAGACGAUAUCAAGCACGACUGUUCAAAGCUUAAAUCUUUCUUGGAAGCAGCUCAGAUCAUCAAUGAGAUCUCACCACGAUCAAGAGAUAUCAUUAUCGGCGUGGGCGAAAAACUUGCAUGCAGAAUUGUGGCGGCUGUACUACAAGAUAGAGAUAUCGAUGCACAAUUUGUAUCGCUGGAAAAUAUCAUUGAUCAAGAAUUCGAAGUAUUAGAUCAGAAAUUCUACGACUACCUUGCCAAAAAGAUGGCUCAGGCUGUUGAACAAUGUGGAAGCAAAGUUCCCGUCGUCACAGGCUUUUUCGGUAUUGUGCCUGGUAGUUUACUUAGCUCGGUUGGUCGUGGUUACACCGAUCUUUGUGCUGCUCUGACGGCUGUGGGUCUGGGCGCAGAAGAACUCCAAAUCUGGAAGGAGGUGGAUGGUAUUUUCACCGCUGAUCCUCGUAAAGUCAAAACUGCCCGAUUAUUACCCAUCAUCACUCCUGAAGAAGCUUCCGAAUUAACCUACUAUGGCUCCGAGGUCAUUCAUCCCUUUACCAUGGAACAGGUUAUUCGAUCACACAUCCCUAUCCGCAUCAAGAACGUUGAAAAUCCUCGUGGUCAGGGCACCAUCAUUUUCCCUACCGAUAUCCUCAACAAAGAUGGCACUGCCACUCCUCCUCACUCACCCAAAGUUUUGGCCGAAAACGGCUAUUCUCUCGAUCUCUCUCGCAAAUAUCCUACCGCCGUGACCAUCAAGGACGGUGUCAUUGUACUCAAUAUUCAUUCCAACAGAAAGAGUGUCAGUCACGGUUUCUUUGCUAAAAUCUUUUCCACAUUGGAUCGCUAUGGUGUGGUCGUCGAUCUUAUUUCGACAUCCGAAGUUCACGUAUCUAUGGCUUUGGGAGUGGACAGUGCCGAGAAGGAUCUGGAACGCGUCAUUGCAGAUCUUCGUUCUGUUGGUAGAGUGGAUGUCCUGAAAAAUAUGGCCAUUCUAUCACUUGUGGGUAAACAGAUGAAGAACAUGGUUGGUAUCUCCGGAAUGAUGUUCACCACCUUGGCGUCGGCUGGUGUCAAUAUUGAAAUGAUCUCCCAAGGUGCUUCGGAGAUCAAUAUUUCAUGCGUCAUCGACGAAGUCAGUGCCGUUACUGCCAUUAAUGCCAUUCAUGACCAACUAUUGAGCAAGAAGAACAAGCUGGUCUUGCCUGCUGUAAAAGUAGCCCUUGAUUAGAAUUGUAAAGAAAAAAAGUUUGCAAAAAGCAGCAUUUGAUUAUUUUCAUUCAUUUCCCCCUACCCACCCAAUGAUUUCCUCUCUUUGUUCUACAUUUAAUAGACGGUUUAUUGAUUUCAUCUUUUUUCCAUCUUUUUUUUCUUCCCAAACGUGCAUAUUUGAUACAAUUAAAAAAAAUUUUGGUCAUUAUUUACUAAGACAUUACACUGACGAAUGGGCUGUGCAGUGGCUUCCGUGCUCAACAAUAUCCCUGACCUGGGAUCUUACUGAUUUGACACAAUCCGGCACAAAUUUCACUGAUGGUGUCAUCUUUUGUUUCGCGGGGAUUCAGAUGCUGCAUUCAUACACACAAAAUGG